AUGGCCCCAAUCGUCGAGUUGACUGGGGAGGCCAAUCCCCUGACCCCGCAGAAUGUCCUUAAUGCGCUGGUUCUUGCAGCUAGCUCAACUCAACAACAGGUGCAAUCGGGCACCCAGCAACUCCAGAAUUGGGAGAAGCAGGAGGGUUACUAUUCAUCGCUUCAGGAUGUAUUCCUGGACCAUUCUGUUCCCCCUGAAGUUCGAUACCUCUCCAUCAUCCAGUUGAAGAACGGUAUCGACAAGUACUGGCGAAAGACUGCGACAAAUGCCAUUAAGAAGGAAGAAAAGGAACGGAUAAAGACUAGGGCCUUACAGGCGGGUGUCCUCGAGCCAGCUCCUCUCCUGGCUCUUCACAAUGCGUUGAUGAUUGCUAAGAUCAUGCGCUAUGAAUUCCCGCAAGACUGGCCGGAUGGUAUCACCUCCCUCAUUGCUCUCCUCCGCUCUUCUACCCAGCCUGGCGCAAACCCGUUGCAAUUGCCCCGGACCCUUAUCAUCCUCCUACAGAUUAUCAAAGAGCUUUCAACGGCUCGGCUGCAAAGAACCCGCGCGAACCUACAAUCCGUCUCUCCAGAAAUCUUCCAUCUGUUGGGGAGCAUAUACGUGGACAAGGUGAACAGUUGGGCUUCUUUCCUGGAGCAAGGGGGCUUUGAUGAGGCAACGUUGCUAGAUGUGAUCGAACAAAGCCUAGUGUCUCUUAAGGUCAUCCGGCGUCUUGUUAUCGCCGGAUAUGAACACCCAAACCGCGAUAAGGAUGUCCGUGACUUCUGGGUUCUGACCCAUUCCCACUUCAGUAGAUUCCUGGGAUUUAUCAAUGGCCCCGCUACAAUGUCGGAGCAAAUCCAUAGGGCAGUUGAGAAGCACCUCUUGCAACUUUCCAAGCUUCACGUGGAAAUGGCCAAGGAUCGCCCGGCAUCUUUCGCGUUGCUCCCGGACAGUAUACCGCUCGUCCAGUCCUACUGGACUUUAGUAGUCAAGUUGGGAGAGAAUUAUAGUCAAUUGGGCGGGGACGGUGAGCCGGAGGGAAAGUCCUUGAUGGAGAAGACCGGCCUCAGGGCUCUCCUUCUAAUCAGGGCUUGUUCCAAGAUGGCCUUUAACCCGGCACAGACAUUCAAGUACCAGACUCCGCAAGACAAGGAGGAGAAGAAACAGUCUGUGGAACUCAUCAAAGCCCAACUGUUCACCCAUGACUUCGUUGUUAAUGUCAUGGAGCUUCUCGUCACCCAAUUCUUCCGAUUCAGGAAGAAUGACUUUCAGGAAUGGGAGGAGGAUCCUGAGGAGUGGGAGAGGAAGGAGGAGGAUAUUGCCGAGGCCUGGGAAUUCUCCAUCCGGUCGUGCUCCGAGAAGCUCUUCCUUGACCUCGUCAUUCACUUCAAGGAGUUGCUCAUCCCGCGUCUUUUGACGGUCUUCUACAACUUCGCAAGCCCUGAUAACCGCGACGUCCUGUUGAAGGAUUCCCUGUACGCUGCCAUUGGCCUCUCUGCAGCCAGUCUGGAGCAACACUUGGACUUCAACAAGUUCCUCGAGACAACGCUUGUGCCUGAAGUCCAGAUCCAGGAACAGGGAUACAAUGUCCUCCGGAGAAGGAUAGCCAUCGUCUUGGGCCAGUGGGUCCCGGUAAAGUCCAGUGAGCUCAACAGGAACGCCAUCUACCAGAUCUUCCAGCACCUCCUCAGCAAGCAAGAUCCGUUAAACGACCUGGUGGUCCGCAUUACCGCCGGACGGCAGCUCAAGAACGUGCUCGACCCCUUCGAGUUCUCCCCUACUGAGUUCCUGCCGUAUGCACCGGCCAUCCUGCAAGACCUAAUGUCCCUCGUCCAAGAAGUCGAACUUUCGGAGACCAAGAUGGGGCUUCUUGACACGGUCCGUAUGGCAGUUGUAAAGAUGGAAGACCACAUCGCACCCUUCUCCGACCAAAUCCUGUCCCUUCUUCCCCCGCUAUGGGAGAGUUCCGGCGAGGAGCAUCUGAUGAAGCAAGCCAUCCUAACGCUGCUUUCGUCCCUGAUCCACUCCCUCAAGCAGGAAUCCGUCAGAUACCACUCCCUGAUCCUGCCUCUCAUCCAGAACUCCGUGGAACCAGGCUCUGAAACUCUCAUCUACCUCCUCGACGAAGCCCUCGACCUCUGGUCUGCCAUCCUAAUGCAAACGCCCGCCCCGGCCUCCCCCGAAAUCCUCUCUCUCAUCCCCGCGCUCUUCCCCAUCUUCGAAGCCGCCACCGACAGCGUCCCACAGGCCCUCCAAAUCGCCGAAUCCUACAUCCUGCUCGCCCCGCAAGAAAUCCUCAGCGACCGCAUCCGCUUCCCCCUCCUCGUCUCCUUCGAAACCCUCCUCAAACUCACCACCAAGCAACGCCUCGGCGUCGUCCCCCGCCUCGUAGAACUACUCCUCCGCGGCGCCAACACCGUCGACAACGGCAGCGAAACCACCUACAGCAUAAUCACGCGCUCCCUCCUCGACAGCUCCUUCCUCCCGGCCCUUCUCGAAGGCCUCCACUCCGCCCACGAAGCAAGCCAAACCACCGGCCCGAACCGCAAACAAACCUCCGUCUACGGCGUCGUCGAAACAGACUACUUCUCCGUCCUGGCGCGUCUCGCCCUCGCCUACCCCAAGAUCUUCACGUCCGCCGUCUCCGCCGCCACCAACAGCCCCGAAGAAACCGUCCUCUCAUGGCUCCUCACAGAAUGGUUCCUCCACUACGACAACAUCGGCAGCUCCACCCAGAAGAAACUCCACGCCCUGGCCCUCACCCAACUUCUCACCCUCAACGGACCGGACUCUCAGCCCCCGCCUUAUCUUCUCAAUAACCUUCAGUCCUAUCUCACCAUGUGGACUGACAUCGUCACUGAACUCGCCGAAGGCACAGAUGGCAGUGGGGCUAAUCCCGACGAUCCCCGCGGAGGCAGCGACUAUCUGAUCUACUGGAAUAAUGCCCAGACGGGAGCGGCCGAUGAGCAUGAGCCGCCGGAGAAUGUGCGGCGACGGGAAUGGGAUGAGUCGGAUGUGCUGCAUAAGGUCAACAUUAGGGACUUUAUUCGUGAAAGGCUUCAUUCGUUGAUUGUGGGAUGUGGCGGCGAGCAGAGGUUCCAGGAGGAGUGGUUGCUUAAUGUUGAUCGGGAGGUGGUUGCUUCGUUUGGGGCUUUGGGGUUGUUGUAG